GAGUGUACAGUAUCUAUGGACUGAUAGACAGUUUUGCCAGUCCCUCGCGGUACACGAGGGGCCAGUCUAUGAUAGUGCUACACGUCCACGUACGUACACCUAGUACCUUGCACUGAGGGAAUACCAGCGAGUCGAGUCUAUAGCUGGACAGUAUGUUAUCUACCAGGUGCUAUCAGCUAGGACUACGUCUGUUUUCUCAGAGAGCAUGGAUAUCCACAACCAGUGAGAUGAGUGAGCUGUACAAGUCAGUUUCAGAGCAAAGUGUACCUUUAGAAGGGAAGAUCAAAGGAUCUUUGCCUGACUGGCUGAGUGGCAAGCUGAUCAGAAAUGGGCCAGGUCUAUUAGAAAUUGGAGACACUAAACUGAACCAUUGGUUUGAUGGAAUGGCUUUACUGCACAGCUUCACAAUAAAGUCAGGAAAAGUAAUGUACUCCAGUAAGUUCUUACGGAGUGAUUACUACACCAAUAACAUGGCUGCCAAAAGAAUGGUGAUGAGUUCGAUUGGGACCGCAGCAGUGCCAGACCCUUGCAAAACCAUGUUCCAAAGGGUUCAGUCUUAUUUUACGUCUUUGACUGACCAUACAAGUGGUAUGAAUGAUAACUGCUUCAUUAACGUGUACCCUGCUGGAGACAAGUUCGUUGCAGCCACAGAAAGUGAUUUUAUUCACGUCUUCUCCCCAGAAACACUUGACUCUCAGCAAAAGAUUCAGCUCUCUAAGCAUGUAGCUGUUAAUUCGGCCUCUGCUCAUCCACACAUUGAUGAUGAUGGAACUGUGUACAACCUUGGGAGCUCUCCUUCUGGGUACACCAUUAUCAAGAUACCUCCUACUGGAAAAGGUGAGCAUCUGAUGGAUAAAGCCAGUAUUUUGUGUACAGUAGAGCCCAAGAACAAGCUAAAGCCAGGAUACAAUCACAGUUUUGGUGCUACAGAGAAUUACUUCGUGUUUCUUGAGCAACCUGUCCAUCUGGACAUUCAGAAGGUUUUGACUAACAAACUUCUCAACAAGCAAACCCUAGGAGACGAACUGCUAGCUUGGGAUGAUACUGAAAUGAUCAGAUUUUACGUUGUGGAGAAGAGCAGUGGUAAUGUGCUCCCAGGAAAGUUCUUUGCUCCUCCUGCUGUUAUCCUGCAUCACAUUAAUGCUUUUGAGGACAAUGGGCACAUUGUGCUGGAUGGAUGUGCAUACAGAGACUGGCGAGUGUACGACUCUUUCUAUGUACAAAGUUUGAAUGACCUGAGCUCAAACUUUCUUCUGGAAGAAAUCAAAGUGGAGCCCAGACGCUACGUUCUUCCCAUCGCUCACGAACUGCAGGAUCCUACUAAGACUAACCUCGUAACUUUAGAUUACACUGAAGCUACUGCCCAAUUUCAAGAAGACGGCAGCAUCAUGUGUCAUCAUGGUACUAUUUCAGAGAAAGCGUUUGAAUUGCCACAAAUCAAUUACCGGAAGUGCAAUGGGAGACCUUAUCAGUUCGUGUACGGAUUGAAUCAGCUCUUCACGGAUCUCAUUAAGACAGACCUGAAGACCAAGAAAUGCCUAACAUGGUCGGAGGAUGGCUGCAGUAUGUCUGAACCUGUCUUUGUUGGCAAGCCAGAGAGCUCUGGGGAAGAUGACGGAUUGAUAUUGUCGGCUGUUCUCCGUGUGGAUGAGAGUCAGCCACCGUUCCUGCUGGUGCUGGAUGCCAGGACAAUGGCAGAGAUGGCAAGAGUAGAGUUUCCAGGCAUUCAGUGGCACAAAGAUGUCCACGGCAUAUUUGUACCUGCUUCAGCCCUGGAGUGAACCUCUAGCAUUGAACAAAGCUGUAGAUCUACUUUUUAUAAUUGUGGGGUACGUGUGUGCAUGGUAUUUGAUAUUAAUUUUGUGCCUCUAUAGGUUCUCUGCUCUAGGGCUCUGGAUCUAGGGCAUACAAUUACCCAG